AUGUCGUUUCGCAAGCGCAAUAUAGGCUUGUCGGGAGCCGUCGAUCGCACGACUAUUGCCAAUACGUCUGCGCAGGCGCCGCAAGCCACCACUACUACAGAUUCGCAUCCCGGUAUCCGUCCCUCCCCCGACGAUGGGCGACCAACUACUUCGACAGGCACACGAUCGCUCGAUAACCUUCUGGCGGGGCACGGAGGGCUUCCUAUUGGGAAAAUACUCUUAAUUGAAGAGAAUGGGACUACAGAUUUUGCGGGUGCACUGCUACGAUAUUAUGCCGCUGAAGGUGUGGUGCAAGACCAAAUGGUUCACGUCAUUGGAAUGCCGGAACAAUGGGGUAGAAGUCUCCCAGGCUUAAUAGGUCCCGCAGACAUGCUGGACGAGAAAUCCGAUAAGAAAAAGAGCGAGCGCAUGAAGAUUGCUUGGCGGUAUGAGCGUUUGGGAGAAUUUGGUGCUGGAGUCGCGGGGUCCCGAGCUCCUGCUGUUUCAGGAGAACAGAGUCCAACAGCUGCUGAUAUGAACAAGCAAGAGGCGUUCUGUCACGCCUUUGAUCUCACAAAGCGUCUCACCCACCCUUCCAUAUCGAACUUGACAUAUAUACCCCUCACGCCGUCGAAUGAACCCUUGUUCAUCUCGAUUUACAAACGUCUUCAGACGGCAAUUGCUUCGAGUCACCCAAACACAGUACAUCGUGUCGUCAUUCCAUCCUUACUCAACCCUACGAUAUAUCCAUCCAAAGUCAGCCAGCCAGACCAUGUUCUGCCCUUUCUCCAUGCAUUGAGGGCAUUGAUGAAUACCCAGUGUCACCGCAUCACGGCAAUGGUCACAGUUCCUUUGUCUCUCUUCCCGCGCUCGUCAGGACUGGUGCGAUGGAUGGAGAUAAUCAGCGACGGAGUCAUUGAACUUUGUCCUUUCCCCCAUUCGGCCAAUGCCCUCGCAACAUCUGGGGCUGCGACAUCACAGGAGGAGCCACCACAAGGCAUGCUCAAGACUCAUAAGUUGCCAGUGCUUCACGAGCGUGGUGGCGGAAGUGAUCAGAACGUAGGACAAGACUGGGCCUUCACCCUGAGCAGACGAAGAUUUGAAAUCAAGCCCUUUAGCCUACCACCUGCUGAAGGAGACAAAGAGGCACAAGAUGCUGCGGGACCCGGCGGGAUGCCGAAGAAAGCGGACCUUGAGUUCUGA